AUGAAGAUUCUAUUGACAGUUUUACUUUUCAUCUCAGCGACUGCAGCGAUAAACAACUUGGUUGGCAUUCCAGACGAGAGAUUUCAACAAAUUGAGCAUAUUCUGAAAGGUAUAUAAUUUGUAUAUCUUUGUAGCGGUUUCUCAGCUAUUAUUCUAAGUUUUAACUUCGCACGGUUAUUUAUCCGGUCUUGGGCGUCAACUGAAAAAAGCCGUGAAACUGGCAAAAUAUCUGAACUUUUACUGUAAGAGAAUUAUUUUAAUGACUUAAAUGCGAAUUUUCCAUGUAUUCUGCAAAAGAGUUUUAAAAAUCAGUUCCAGUGACUUUAAUUUUUUGUUACCCCGGGCUAGUGAUGCAAAUUGGCAUUUUAGUUAAUACAAAAUCCGUUAGUACUAAUGAUUUUCAGUCACUAAGAACAUUCUCAAUGUUCUCGCCCUUGCGGUUAGUCAGUUUAAAAAACUUUACAAACGUAUACAUAGGUAACUAAACAGUCCAACGAGUUUGAUGAGAUGAUGAGAAAUGAACGUAAUAAUAUAUCAUUCGAGCACCAAGUUUCAGCUCCGGUGGUGGCUUGUAUGAGUGGAGAUUCCAAAAAAAAAUUCUUCGGUUAAAAUCAACCAAAAACCUUUGCAAAAGUUGUCAGCCGAUUAACGGGAACACUCGCUAGUGAAGUGAAGAAUCGGGCUGAAACUCGUUCCUUUCUCUUGGCGCAUGUCAACUUAAACCUAGACAAAAUGAAAGAUUCUGUCGGGUCCUAAUCAUCUUGCUAAAUCCAAAACAUUUGAACGACGUUUUCUUCUCAUAUUAAUCCAAGUUCGGGGCGAUCUGCACCAGUUUGAAAGAUUGUUUGUGAUUAGCUGAGAAAACAAUAGGGUUGUGACAUAACAAUGCCCGGCCUAUCCCUGGAAACAAGGGAAGUGCGGACUAAAGGGAACCAAUGAAAUAUGAGGUUUAGAACGAUGCAGGUCAACAGCAAUCUUCCUCGUCAAGCUCAAAAAGGGCACGCGCGUGAGAGGAGAGAGGACGCGCGUCCUCGCACUUUUCCUCGCAUCGCGUGGCCUUGGAGUGGGCGAAGACAGCUUAUAACCACAAAUCUAGUAAGUCUGGUCCUUGAUAUUGUGCCUGAUAUCCUACAAAGCAGCCAUUUAGUUACUUCAUCUGACGUAUUUAAUUAAUUCUCUUCAUUGCAGAAAAACGUUUGGAUAACAAACCAUACAGUUUUGAUACCACAGAUGGCCUUGGUAAUCUCUUUCAUAAUGUUCGACUGUUUGAUGUCAAAAACGAAGACGUUUUGAGAGCAAAUCGGGAAACUGAGUAUGCCGACGGAUCUGGAAUCAGUCCUCCAAAACCUGGUGCCAUCGAAGAAGCCGUAGAAAGCACUGUUCGUGCGGUAAGGAAGCUUACAGCUGUAUUUUUCUCUUAUAUAAGGCUGAAUAUACAGUACUACUACUAGGUUAAUCUUCAGUCCAAACUAUACCGCUUUUCUAGGUCAACGCACCAGGCUUUCAUCCAGAGACUAUGCGAUCAUGUUGUCUUGUGUUAAUAAAAAUUCUUGGCAAACCCUUACUCAAUUUCAAAGCGGUGCAAAUUACGAUUUCAUUUAUAUGCUUAGAAAGAGUUCGAAAAUCUUCAUACCGUUAUACUCCCAAGAGAAGAUAUCCUCUUUUGAAUCUGAUCGGAAGCUGAUAAACUUUCUCGUACACAGUAAGUUAUGUACAGUUUCCUCUUACCUAGAUUAAACGUAAAAAUCACCAAGAAAAUGCUUCUUAAUUCAUGAACUACGUGACUUUUUUUCAGUUUUAUUUAUUGCUAAUUUACUACUACUAUAUCCCUCAAUGAGUGUAUGCAACGGCGCGGAAUGUAACAUGAAAAACCCAUUGGGCCAACUUUUCCUAGUUAAACUGUAUCUUAAUUGUGUUAUCGAAAUAUGACCAAGAACUGAUCAUGUUCUCCCUUUCACAGAGAAUCAUUUUUAAAAUCUUUCUUUUAGAGUUUAAAGUACGCAAAAGAAACUCGGAAUACUUUGCUAGAAAUUAAGCUCACUUUUGACCGAAUUAAUGUUGUUGGAUCUCACUUUAACAAGUACAUAGCAGUUAAACUCUUGUCCAGGAUUGAGAUAGAACUGACUCAGCGUGAGGUCUGGGAAUCAUUUGCUUUACUGUACAGAUCGUUGCUGGUUGUUUUGAUAACUCUGAUGUUUCAUUGUAGUUGCUGAAAAUCGUUCCUGCUGUCAAGACACUGAAAGAGGCCAGAGACAAGCGAAGCAAAGGUAAAUAUUAAAUCAGUUCUGUUUUGGGCUGGUGUGCAGGUGGUAUAAUUAAUAGCAGUUGACUGUUUGGUAUUAUGUAUAUAGUGUUAAUUACAUUAUAUUAGCUGAAACCAAGUAAUAAUAGGACUAAGAGGGGAACGCCCAGUUCAGCCAUUGCGGUUUUUGAACUCAGUUACCGAAGUUGUUUUUAGACCAGUUGAACUCUUGAAAUUAUUCGAAGGUUUGUUUCCCUAGGGGUCCGCAAACGUUUUUCUAGUGUUGUUAAGAGAAAUUUAAACAAUGGUCAUUACCAUAAUCUGCAUUGUCUGCUUUGAGGCAGUCGUGCGUGCGCUUUUAAGUCGUUUCAAACAAUCGAUUAAAUGUGCGGACGUCUCAGGAGUAGCUUUAGUAAACAUACUAGUCUCUCUUCCUGACAACCUUGACGUUGCAAAGCGCCUUUUGAUUACUCAGACUGGAAAAAACUGAAUGCACCACUUACAAGAGCUAGGUCAUUCCGACAAUAUGAAUUUCUAGAAUAUUAAAUGUCUCUCCUGAGAGGGUGUAAGUAUAGGAGCCGGCUUCUGGUAAAUACAAUUGUUAUUGUCGAAUUGUAGCGCAAUGUUUUCUUUUUUUUUUUUUUUUGCUUUAACAACAUAACUGAAUCAAUUGUUUAAUCAUCCAUUACUCUAAUAUCGAAACCAGCUAACUGACAAACGUCACAAUAUAAGGUGCCUCCGAUAACUGGAAAAAUGAUGAUUAUGAUGAUGAUUGUCAUUAUCUGUACCUCAUCGAUUCUUCCUUAGUUCUGCCUUAACUUCAAGAUUACUUUUGUUUACUCACUUUAGAGUACUGGCAUGCAGCUGUAUAGUAAUAACGCAUUGUGUUUAUCAUCAUGAUUUAGAAUAUGCGAGACAGUUUGUCAGAGCUUUAAGGAACCCUAGGAAAAGUGACAACGCUGUUGAAGCCCUGUUAGGAGAACACAUUAUAAAACUGCAUAGAGGUUGCAAACAAAUCAAGCUGAAAUUUGCCAAACUUGCUAACAAAACUGGUAAGUUAGGGAGACUGUCAAUUGGCAAGUCUUGAAGACAAUAUGGAACAUUAUAAAUCUUUCAAAGACUUCAAGACAUCCAUCGUCAAACUCUCUAAAUGUCUGUUGUCUUCCUUUUCAAGUUAUUCACUGUAAAUUCGAAUUUAAUUAGCAUGAAUCUGAUUUCUUUGUAGAACUCAGAGGCUUGAUUUUAGUAUAUUAAUAAAAAUCAUGCUUUUAAAGACUACCCUCAGUCAGUUAAAGAGACAUUGUUUUCAUCAUUCUGUAGGAGUGUUUGUUUGCUUUCAUUUUUUUUAUCUUUAAAAAAUGGAAAACGAAAAUGAGUAUGAUGAAUGAACUGAAGGGACAAUUAACGAAUUAAAGCGGUCAAAAUUGUCUUUCAACUUUGACGAGUACGUUAAACACACGAAACAGUUUUUCCAACCUUAAAAAUUUUUCGGAUACUUCAGCGUCUUUUUAAAAUUCCAUACAAAUGUUCUAACCUUACCUGCUUUCACGUUCUUUCUAACAGGAUUGUUAGACAUGUUAGGCCAUGACGACUUAGAUUUUACAGCAAUUAUGGGUAAAGUUCUGGAAGAAGCAGAGCCUAAGGAGGCUGGUAAGUAGAGGAGCCGGAUCAAUUUGAGUUUCUGGGAGACUGCUCUCCUACCCCUCCCCUAAGCUAACAUUAACACUUAGUUCUCAUUUAGAGCAAAAUGGUAACUUAGGGGAAGUGUAGGUGGGCAUUUUCCCAGACAGUUUUCAGUUAUAGCAAAAUGCUUAAUAAACUGACUUUAACAACAGAAAGUUGGGCAACAAUUGAUACCCUGACCAAAGUAUAAGAGGGGAGGUGGGGUUGAUGGAACCCCUCCCUAUAGUUUUUAUGUGUUGCAGUAUUUCCAAACGAUAAUGCAUUCAGUGGAAAGCCUUCGAUCCGGUCAAAAAGAUGAGGUAUAUUUUUGUAUGGAUGGUGGCGCUGCUGGAGGCCUGUGACGUCACCCAACAUGCUGGUCAUCUUGGCCGCCAUCAUAAUCGUAGAAAGAAUAUCCUCCAUUCUUUUGCAAACUCAAAAAAAUAGCAAAGUCAUACCUGGCAAUUUAAAUUAACAGUGUUUAUUUUUUGCUAUAGAUGUCUUUGAAGCGUUUCUUCGUAAGGCUUACGAACAUGGGAUUCAAGAUCACCCUGGUGUUCUGGCCAUUAAGGCCGUAGGAGGCCUUCUAACUGAAGUUGGCUGUGACGUAAAAUUAGAUGGUAAUUAUUUACUUAAGAAUUAUACUUCUUUAUCCCUUCUUUAGCCCGAAAAGGCUACCUUUUUCAGGCUUCAGGUAUAUGAAAGGGUAGAGAUUUCACCUUUUGAGCUAUAUAAAAAGGUGGGGAAACUUGUCAUUUUGGUUGUAAAAAGGUCCAAAAGAGCUAUCAGAUGCAUUUCAUGGCCGUGUAAAGGUGGAGAAAACACUUUGGUUUCGUGAUUUGCUCAUAUCUUAAAGACUUUGAAUUUACAGUAGUUAAAAGGGAUGGAAAAAAACUAAACUAGGUAAUAGGAAAGGGAUUUUUUUAAAUCUCAAAUAUAGUACAUAAAAGGGUUAGGCGUUGGACCUACAGUAGCUCGGUGCGGAGUUUCCCCGCAUAAAACUUUGUUGAAUACACCUCCGGAACAGAUUAGUAAUAAUGUAGUAUCAAGGCCAAUUCAUUUAUGUGCCUUUUUGAGUAAAUUUUACCGUUCUUUAUUAUUCUGAUUACCAUUCAGGUCUGCUUGGAAAAAUUGGGGAAAUGAUAGCCAAACAUGAUCCAGAUGCUGACUUCGUAGCGGGAUUUCAGGACAAAGUUAUUUCCUUUCUCUAUGACAGGAAGAACAAAAAGUGCACAACAGGUGUGUGAUUACUAUCCCGUUCACGCUUUGAACCGUAUCUAAUAUAUAGAUUUAGCCAGGGCUAAAAGCGAAGCUCCCGUUAAUAAAUUCAUAAUUUAAAUCAAACAAUAAACUUGUAAUCCACAGAUCAGGGCACAUUCAUUUGACUUUUGAGGCAAAGGCUGAGUGAUUUUAGAGAAAACUCAGAAUUUGACCGUCCAAGAGUGAAACAAAUUUUACAUCAAGUUAUUUGUACACCGAAAAAUAGCAAUCAUGUUCGAUCACAGUAGAUUAGGCCUCGAAAACAAAUAGACCUAUUCGUGUAUUGUAUUUGCAUUAGCUGUAGCAUCAUAGUGUGGCAUUCACCAGUCUCUCCAACAUUGCUCCGUUAGAGAGACUAUGGAUAAUUGGACAACCCCGAAAUAUAAUUUCAAGAAACACAUGCGCCACGAUAGUCCUUGGUGGCAGCCAAUUUACACGUUGCAUUCCUCUGUUUAAAAGACUGAAAAGAGAGGCCAAAAUAAAAAUCAGGCCAGAUUUUUGUGUUCGACAAGUUUAGUUUACUAGUAAAUCUUGGCGACGAGUCUGGUGGCGUGUAUACCAGCCUUUUAAACAUACGUUUUCUUAUCACGUCUCAGAGACCUCGGACAGAAUUUGUUCUUUUUUGCCCUAUUUAAACCUAUAAUCCUGCAGUUUUUCACAAUUUUGCAAGACAAUUUGCACUCAUUCAAUAUCCACGACGAUCAAAGCACGCGCUUCCUUUGCACAACAAAUUAUAGCAUUGAAUUAUAAAACGUUUUCUGUAAGAAAAAUCUGGUCCUAUGUGAUAUGCGGGGUAAUAAUUAUGGGCUUUUAAUGAAAACGAUAAAAAAAAUUCCCAAAAUCACUUUUCGGCCAGCCGGACGGGUUCUCACUUUUGACAGGCACCAAAUUUGCAGUGCGAUUAAUAGAGUUACCAUUUACGCUUCAACAUGAUAGAGAAAUUGUUAUGUUUAGGUUUUAUUUCCCUUUAUUCAUUAAACUGUGUAUGAUUUUGUUAUGUGUAAUCUUUAAAAGCGAGUGAUAUUUACGCGCGGCGUUUUGAGUAUUCCUACAUGCGAUGUUUAUGUUCGACUGGAAACAACCGGUGCAGCGAUGAAAAUUGCGAGAGGGGCUACUAACAAUCAAUAAAAUAAGUUUAAUUCGGUGAAACAUGUACAGAGACAAUAAUUUUCAUUCACGAAGAGAAGCAUUGAUAGUAAAGUGUCUCAGAAAAUCAUGAGUCAGGCAAGCAUAAGCUUAUUUAUGUUUUAAGCCGGCUUCCCGGUGUUCGCUCUUUUUCAAGACGAACUCGAGGCAUGAAAAUCGCUCAGAGCUUUCUGUUUACAGCCAAAAUCAUAACUAAAUAAUCUUCGGGACCUUUUCUUUGAAUUUGCGGGUCAAAAAAUGUCUAAAGGCUUUUUAAACCUGAUACUAUUGUAGGUUAGAUCAUUGCUCGUGUUUUAACUUAAGCCGCAUAAACCAUACGCUCGAAAAAAAAAAAACAUCAGAAACAAUAAUGGCUCAAGCUUACCAGUCGAGAUGCUGCUUCUGAAGGUCAUCAAGUGCUCCAGAAUCGCUUGAGACUUUUCAACCUUCUUACGCCUCAAGCAAGGGCAAGUGAGUAAGCUCAUUUCUGAAAACGAUGCUAUCCGAAAUCGGAUUUCCAAUGACUUUGACAAGCGGUGCAUUUGUCAAAAAAAGCGCAAUAAACAAACCAGCCACGAAUUACAGAACAAUCUUGAUAGCAGCUGUUUUUCAUUUUGUACACCAAGUAGAAAAAGACAGUUUAAAACAUCACAAGAUGACACAAAACUCUCUCAGCUCCAGCUAUCAGUAAGCAAGUUUCCAGACGCUGCAAAAAUUUUCCGCAUAAACUCACCUGUCAAAUUUUGACCAAUCAGAACAUAAAAAUUGGACGUAGAGCGUGAUCAACGCGUGACAGUGAAAAAAGUCAGAAGCGAUUGCCUUCCCUGCAUGUAAAUGUAAAAGCCGGUUGAAUUUUCGUGUCCGAGAUCAGUUCGAAAUCAACAUUUUAAAACAGUGGCUCUUGAAACACGACUUAUUUCAUAUGCAUUUUAAAAAAAUUGAACUUGAGCCUGCGAUCAUUUGAAAAGUAGCAACUUGUCAGCGAAUACCUUCAAAAUAUUACUCGAACUCAGAGGGUCGAUACCUGAGCCCGCGAUACGGUCAGGCGAUACUGGUCAGCAGAAACACUGUUUUGACAGCUGUCAAUUAAUCAAAACAUGGAUGUACAAUAUCAGGUUGCGGGCUCCCAAACUAGCUAGAAAGUGUGAGAUUAAACAUUGGUAUGCCUGUGGUGCGGACGGACGGAAGGUCGGGUGGUCGGUGUACGGUCACGUGAUUGCCGAAUUUUCUAUAAAUAGAUUUUCUAUAAAGCUAUGGGGCUUCGAAUUGAGCCCGUGAUCAAAUAAAAUAUCAGCGCAAAACUUUAAACACUACGUGACCUCAAUAGAUAGAAAAAUGAGCCCGCGAUCCACUCAGGUGAUGAUGGUCAGCGUAUACUCUAGUUUGACAGCUGUCAAUUAACCUUCAUUAGAAUGGCGAAUAUUCGAAUUAACAGACUACGAGUGUGAGUAGGACAUUUCCGUCCGGAAUGUAGUGGAAAAUGCCAGAUCGUGUACCUGAGCGAGCCUGAGCCCUCGUUAUCAGUUUUCUGAAAGCGGUCUGCACGUGUCCCAUUUUGACAGCUGUCAAUUGUCCUUAAUUUGGCUUGCCAAUGUAACUUUAAACGACUGUCAGCCAAUUGACAGCCUUGCCCGCCGUAGUUUCGUUUUUAUUUUGAAUUGGUAAGUGUGACAUAUUAUAUCAGCUUAUAUAUAGGGGCAAAACGACUAGCCUUUUAUCUGAGCCCGCGAGACGGUCAUGUGAUAAUUGUCAGCGGAUGUCUGAUUUUGACAGCUGUCAAUCUAAUCGUACACAUACGGAUGGCUUACAUAACUAAGAGGCUAAUCAAGUUGUGCAAGAUCUAUUGUGACAUUUGACAUCGGCUUACAUGAAGUGUGUGUACGGACGGGCGUACGCUACGUCAUAACCAAAUUUUCUGGGAUGGAUAGUUUACCAAAUUUUCUUACCCAUGGUGCUCCGCUGCGCGCGCGCUUCGCGCGCGCGGGAGCUCCGCUAUAAUUCGCCCCAUGUAACGGGGAAUCCUGUUUCCGGAAUCCGGGAAAUUUAUGCUUGUGGAAUCUGUAAUGCAGCAUAUUUUUGCUGUGAGAUCCGGAAUCCUGGGCAUUGGAAUCCAGUACACAAGGAAUCUGGAAUCCGGAGUCCGGGUUCCACUGAGAAAGAAUCCAAAAUCCAACGCACUUUUGGAUUCGUUUUUGUCAUCUCGUAUAUAGUCCUCGUUAUUCAAUGUGAAUUUCUUUUGUAUUGCAGGAUUAGUGGAAUCUCUUUCGCCAGGCCAAAGCAUCAAGGAACGAUACCUGAAUCUCGUAUUUACCCGAUGCCAAGAAGGUAACCCUUUACUUGCAUUAAAAUUAUAUUAGGAAUUUUGCGAUGAGCUUUUCAUUUGGAAAUCCUACUCUACCGAACUUUUUCUCUUAGUCAACCCUUAAUCGCUUCCAAAAACUUUGUCAACGACAAAAGAAAACUUCCUUGUUCUGCUGAUUAGAACUAAAACCCAGUAAAAUUUACUGUAAUAUUCUAAUUUAUUUUUUUUCCUAUUUUAGUGAGACUCGUCCGCUUUGCUGCCGAUACCGUCGUUAAUGUAAGUAGAAAUAGAUGCAGUCAUCUCAGAUGACUCUUUACACUCUUUCUGAUAAAAAAAGUGGAAAAAAACGACACCAACAAGAUAGCCGAUUGUUCCUCUGUACAGCUAUACUUUAUACAAAAGAGUUAAGAGUUGUACAUCUUUUAUACAAGCAAACAGUCACAUUGAAGUAGCCCUUUAGAUGAAAAUUCGACAGUUUUCGAGCAUUCUGUAGUGGACGAGAUAAGACAAGACCAGAACUUUAUACCACAAUAAAAAGGAGAGAGAGAAAAAAAGAAUACUUAUGAAAAGUAAAACAAACACCUAAAAAUCGCUUAAAGAGCUAUCUAGCUUGGAGCAUUAUCGACUGUUUCAAUACAUAUAAGAGGUCCUUAAAAGUUGUUUGAUUGGAGGACACGCACACACACGCCCCCAUGUACAUGGACCACAUGAGAAAUGACCCUGCAGUUUACUUAUACAUUUUUUUUCAGGCAAUCCAUCUUGGCAAAAAAAUACAAUUUCUGCAAGGGAUUGCUCAUAAACGCUAUAUAGGUAUGUGUACUUUACAGCAUAGGGAUUUGCUCUCUUAGCUCCUUACCUCGAUCAUACCCUAGAAUAAAUAUUUGAGACCUUACUUUAUGAGGGUUAACUAUCAGCAAGUUGUACCCAACAUGAAUAGAUAAAUCAUAUCUGAGCUUAUGCAAGUAGCAACAGAUCAAUUUAUCACAUUGCCAUUCGCAUUCUUGAAAAACUUUAAAAGAAUUGUCUUUUGGGGCCGUGGAAGAGAAUGUCAGUGGCAUGACCCAGAAUCGAUUGCUACAUGUGAAAAUUGAACUGGUUUCACUCACUAAAAUGUAAACGUUGUCAAUUCGUCGUUGUUUUCACAUGGACCCUAUCUAACGCAAGGCCCACAUGUAUAGAAGAGUAAUAUAGUUAAAUUGAUCACUCUGAUGUGUUUAAGACUCGGUAGAAAAUUUCUCAGAGGCUCUUCGCUUAAGGUUUCGAGGGAGGCUAGUCUUAGUUUACUAAUUUGCUCUCAAGACAUAUACCUUGAAAGUAGUUGGUUGUUAUGAUAGUGAAAUAUGGGAUCAAACGAACUACAGCCAAACCUUCAAGAACAAACUUGUAGCCACUUUGUAAAGUUUUUUCCCCUCCGAUUGUUUGCUGAAAAUUUCAUCCUCCAAGGCCCGGUUCCUGAAAGACCUAUUAGCGCUAAUCCAGAAUUAAAAUUUUGUUCCGUUGUUGCUUAGAGUACCAUUUUGUUCUAUCAUUACCGUAUAUCAGAGUAAAGGUUCAACAAUAUUUUGUAAGCUCGAGUUGCAUGUUCUAAGACAGGAAAACCGUGUUUAAAAUUUUGGCUUAAUUGUGGGUUAAAUUUAACCAUCUUCGAGGAAUCGGGCCCUGGCCUCUGUUAAUAGCGGCCAGCUGGUGGCCACUUAUAAGAGCCUCGUAAAGGGGUUCCACUGUGGGAUCCCGAUCUAGAACUUAAUUUUUUUUAUAUAAAAAAGGAAAGGUUGUCCCGGGUAAAUUAUUUUAAAUUCCUUACUUUUGAUGUAAAAAUGUUCAUUCGCUUUAACUGAGUUGUCUUCAUCUACUUCUCUUUUCAAAGAAAUGGCUAAGACGGUUGGAGCCCUUAUGCGCUCUGGUGAGUUUGACGCAGCACAUGAACGUGUUGGAGAGUUUACACUGGGAGAAAUAAGAAGAGGUUUCCUUGUGGGUGUCGCUGUUCACAAGUUGCUGUCUGCUCCACGACCUACCGUACCUAAACCAUCUGGCCCAAGACCUUCCCGUCCAAAGCCAUCUGGCCCAAGACCUUCUGGCCCUCAACCCUCUGGCCCGGCACCUUCUGGCCCUCAACCCUCUGGCCCCGCACCUUCUGGCCCUCAGCCCUCUGGCCCGGCAACUUCUGGCCCUCAACCCUCUGGCCCGGCAACUUCUGGCCCUCGACCCUCUGGCCCGGCAACUUCUGGCCCUCGACCAUCUCGCCCGGCAUCUUCAGGUCCUCAGCCAUCUGGCUCACCACCCAGUUCAGGUAGCCCCCAGAAAAGAGCCACGUCUCUGGAGGAGGAAUCUUACUUAGAUCGUCUCAUGAGGCUGGCUAAAAGAAAACGUAUUUAUCACUAG